AUGACAGAAGUGAGACAGGUGCUAUAUAAUUUAAAAGAAAACCUGCUUUUACUUUCCAGAUUAUACCAGUGUCAGAAAAGAUCAGAAGAUGCUAUUGUCUGCUAUCAAAAAGCUCUGAGCUAUAUUGAGAAGUGUAAGGGUGAAACCAAUCUGGAAUGUAUUCCUGUACACAAGAAAAUGGCAGGAGUAGCACAGGUUCUUGGGGAUCAUGCAACAGCAAUCCAGCAUCUGGUAAAGGCUCAUUUCAUUGCCCUGAGAAAAAGCCCUUCUUCAGGGGAAGCAGCAGAAACUGCUCACUUGAUGGCACAGGCUGCAGUUGCCUCUAAACAAUCAGAGCACAAGGAUCUGGCUGAGAAGUAUUUUCAAGAGAGCAUAAAUGCUUUUAAAGAAGCUGAAGGGAUGGAGAGUGCUAAAUGCCUUGGAGCUGUGGAUGAUUUCUGUCAGUUUCUUAUAGCCACUGGACAGCAGGAGAGAGCAGCAAUAGUGCUGAAAGGAUCAUUAGAAGCUAAAAUAUCCCUAUGUGGGGAUCUCAGCCUGGAAGUAGCAGAGACAUACUGGCUCCUAGGAGGAACAGAACUGGCACAAGGACACACACAUUUGGCAUACAAGAAACUUAAGAAGUGCCUGUACCUUCAGCCCCUCUUAUAUGGCACCCACAACAAAAGGACUGUUGCAACCCAGGAGGCCAUUGACUUGUCAAAGGCCCCAGAUGUAGCAACAAAACAGAGACGAUCAGAUAAAAAAGACUACCAUACUGUACUAUUGUGCAACAGUACUCCAUAGUGGGAAGGCCCAAAGCCUAUAUAUAUAUAUAUAUAUAUAUAUAUGACAGGUUU